AUGGGGCCAUGGCAUGCCCUGCAGCCGACCGCGACUACCUUUCUCGCUACUCGCCUCACGCCCCCCAAUCCGCACCCGAAAACUUCUCUACAAUCCUGCCUUCCGGACGUGGGCAAAGCGAACCGCCAGCCCGUGGCGGAGGAAGCCACGCCCUCGCCCGCCCCAAGCACCCCGCCCCUUCUCGGCUCGGCCUUAUUCAGUUGGAAGAGCCACGCCCCUCCCAGCCUAGGCCACACCCCUCUCCGCCUCCCUUGGCCACGCCCUCUCCCAGGCGCUCCCUUCUCGGAGCCACGCCCCCUCCGAUUCGGCCGCUUUCCGGGCCCCGCCUCCUUGGGCCACGCCCCUCCUGACUUUGCGGACCACGCCCCGGCCCCGCCCAGCCCGGCCGGGCCCUCGCCCUAUCUGGUCAGUGGGGGGACCGGCGGCGGCGGCGGCGGCGGCGGCUCCUGGGGAGCGGGACGCGGCGGAAGGGGACGGAACGGUCGCGUGCGCGGAGGGCAGCUCUGGGCGCGGUGCGGUGGCUGCGGGCGCUCAGGGGCCCUGGGAACAAUGGCGCUGUGCGCGCGGGGCGCGCUGCUGCUGCUGCUGCUGCUGCUGGGCGCGCUGCAGGUGCUGGCGCUGCUAGGGACCGCGGCGCGCGGGGCAGACCCUCAGGGCUCUUCAAGGGGGAAUGACUCUGUGCCCCUGCUGACCUCCAGUGCUAAUAUGACAGAGAAUACCACCGUGGCUUCCAACCAGACCAGUGAGGUUAACAGUAGUACCGUGACUUCAGGGGUGCCGAGAAGUGUCUCAGUGGUCACUGUGACGCCUGCAACUAUUGCUAAAAUAUCAACACCAGGGGUCUCCCCACACAUGACCCCCACUGCCUCAAACGCCACACCCAAAGCAAGUGCUUCUCCAAACUCAACCCACACGUCGACCGCCCUGAUGACCACAGGCCACAGCAGCUUGAAGACAUCGAUAACCAUAACAACAACUCUUCAUCCUGACAAAAGCAAAGGAUCAAAGUUUGACGCCGGCAGCUUUGUUGGAGGAAUAGUGUUAACGCUGGGAGUUCUGUCUGUCCUCUACAUUGGAUGCAAAAUGUAUUAUUCAAGGAGAGGCAUUCGGUAUCGAAGCAUUGAGGAACAUGAUGCCAUCAUUUAAAGGAAGAAGAGACUGCAGCUCUAUCAAUUAGUUUGGUUUAUAUUAGUUUAAAAUAUUAUUUUCUUGGAAAUAGUAUAAGCAAGCCAUGCAUAAAAUGAACAGUGUGUUCCAUGAAUAUCUGGAAAUCCCUCAUUACUAAAGGUAAAGGGUGUGGUCUGGGCGGUUCAGUGACUAUUGGGAACUAAUGGGUAAUUUAUCCGGUGAUUACAUUUGCUUUAGAAAGCCAGGGCAAGACAAGUCCUGCAUUUGGGAGUGUGUGCGUGGCACUGAUUGUCCCGGGGGCAGGGUCCUGUGGCGUACACAGCCUGCCACAACACUCCACCUUCUGUGUCUUUGUUGAUGGCGUGAAGAACCUGAGCGCCAUGCAGAGCUGGGUGUGCCCUAAUUCACACCUGGGGCUCCACAGCUCGGCUAGCCAGUGCACGGUAAGGAAGAGUCAGCAUUUGAGGGUUUAAAGUCAGGGUUGAUGCAGAGAACUCGCGCCCCGACACAGCCCCCACAACACCAUGCGCGUGUUAAAGGCCACCAGAGCGCUGUGGAGCGUGGCCUUUACUCACCUCCCCUUUUCAGCUGUCCUGGCUGAUGUGCCUUCUGUUCUGUAUGGUUGAGAAAAGCUGCAGCAGCCGGCCUGGCAUUGCAGGAAAGCACGCAGUCUGCUGCCAUGGAGACCUGUCACACCGCUCAAAACCGCUGUUCACAGGCACCUGCCAAUUUGAGUUGUAGCGAAUGUUUUUUCUUUUUUAAUCAAUUUAGAGCUGCUUCCCAUAUAUAGAGACCUGUAAUGGAAUGUAAAACACCUUUUUAAAAGUCCCCAUUAUAUGAUUUCCAAAUCAGUGUUAGAAGUCUGUAUCGAUGGCAAAAUAUUGUUUCUAAACCAGGGACUGGGAAGCCACCCCCAGGGCCACUAAACCAGGGACUGGGAAGCCACCCCCAGGGCCACUAAACCCCCGGGGUAGAGAUGCUGUAUUUUUAUACUAAGCUAUAUUUUGGAGUAAAUUCCCCUUGCUCAUCCCCAGGCCACUCCUCAGCCCUGGAAAGGGAAGCUGCACCCUGGUGUUUGCAGGAAAAACCCUGUCUGGUCACCGCAGCAGCCCGUGUCUCUGUGGUCUUAAGUUCUAUAGUUUAUAUCCCAGGUCAAACUCAGGGUCAUGUUUAACAAAGGAGGGGUUUAGUCACAAAAUACUAAUAUAAUAUUUCUACUGUAGAGGGCCAAAAGAAAUUACAGCAGUUUCAGACAGUUUAUAAAUAAGCCAAAAAUGUCCUAAUGAGUGCACACCUGUUAUAGUUACAAGUGUAAGUAUAACUUUUGUAAUCUGCUUCUGGUUUUUAAAAAGUGCAAACUACCAAGAAUUUUUCAUAUAAGUGAGAAUCAUUCCCCCUUGCUGUGGAUUAGGGCCAUCAUGGACCGCUCAGAUCUACGCUAGCACAGAGAGGAGGGGGAGCACUAGGAAUGGGACAAGGGUUAGGCCAGUCUCGAGGCUGGACCGAAAGGAGACCAGUCUUUGUCGUUGGCCGCUUGUCUGUCUUCGGGAUGUAGGGGGUGGUGAGGGCCUUCAGGUCUAACGUCUUUGUUUGCUGCAUCCCUGGCCCUUCAGUGCCAGCCGAAGAUGUCCUUGACUGCCUGUCUCUAGCACUUUGAAGAUGAGACCCACUUCCUUAAAGCACCGUCUUUAUGUGCCUCUUAGUUUCCACUGAUGAGGGGUUAAAAGUAAUGUUAUUAUGGCUUUUCUAAUUUGUUACUCUUAAAUGCCAGGACCUUUGUUGAAGGGGUUUCUUUUUAACCUGCCCAAAUUGGCCACUUGUCUUUCAAGACUGGCUUGAGCAAAUGCUUGUCUCUGCUAGCUUUCCUACAGAAUGUGCAUGUUAAGAUAACACAUCCUAGAUGUUCAGGUGGGCACCGGACUAAGCUCCUCUGGCUUUAAAUUCUACUUCGGCAAUUCCAUAAAAGGAAAUGAGAGAGUUGGUGACAUAUUUUAUGGUGUAAUAAUUUUGUAUCUUCAGGGAAAAGAUUAGCAAACUCUUGUUACCCUUUUUUCUAUAGUGACCAAUUUUGGUAUUUCAUUGUUACUAAGAUGUAUUUUUAGAAUAAAAUCAUCCUCCAUUCAGA